UAUUUUGUUAACUUAUUCAACAUCUCAAAUUAACAAUCUCUUUUUUUUCUCAUUUUAGCAAAACCUAUUAUUAUUAUCAUUCUCCAUAUUAAAUUUUUGUCUUAUUUUCAAAAAUGCGAACUGGAGGUCUAUUCAGAAGAAAUACUACAAACGCUCCUACUAAGCGUGAAGAAGAUUUUGCUGACUAUGCAGCUGUAAUUGGUACUGAAGAUGAACCAAAAAGACUUAAAGAAUAUAUUACAAAGCUUUAUAAGGCUUUUAAAGAUAAGAGUAAAGCUCUCAGAUCAGCUUAUGCGAAACUUGAUCUUUUGAAUAACGAAAUUGCUCAAGAAAAAACAAGGUUUAAUGAUAUUGAAGAUGAAAAUAAAUCACUUCGGGACCAAAUGCAGGGGAUGGCAGAUCAAUUAGUAUCUAAGGAAGAAGAAUUCAAGGAAUGGCAAACAAAGUUGGCAGAACAAACAAAUCGUGAACGUGAAACGCUAGCAGAAGAAUUUGCUGAAGAACGUGCUCGCUUUUUAGAAAGAGUUGCUCAGCUUGAAGAUGCACUUAGUCUUGCAAAUCUAGAGAUCACAAGAUUAACUAUUGAAAUUUCUGAAAAAUCAGAUUCUGAUCGAAGAAUGUCAACAAGUUCUUCUAAUGAAAGUCGAUCAUCAUUGGAAUUACUCUUUACCGAUAAAUCAAAAAAAGUAGAUGAUAGGCAUGAGCUCACAAAACAGAUCCUGGAGAUCACACAACGAAGGAUGAGUUUGCAGACUGAGCUUACGUUACUGGAGGAGGAAAAUGAGGAUUUAAAGACUCAAUACAAACAAAUCACGAAGGAGAAUCAAUUACUACGAAAGGAAAACGAUGAGCUUAAACAACAAGUUGGCAAAAAGAUGUUUAUGAAGUCAUUGGAAGAUGUCAACUUGGACGACUAAGGAAGAAAAAAGAACGUAAAACACGACUCCUACGAGAAAGAAGCGCGUAAAAAAAAAACAUUCGAUCAUCAUAAAGGAAUUUGUUGAAGUGAAAGGUUUGAAAUAUGAAAAUUUAUCUAUUAUAUAUAUUUGUUUAUUAGGGAAGUAAUGACUUUCAAUUCUCUAAUAUGCAAAAGAUGCGGGUCAUUAAAAAAAUGGAGCUUAUUUCAUAUUUUCGAAUUUUUUUUUUUUACUUUAAUAUAGUAUUCCUUUUAUUUUACAUUACUAAUUUCGAGCUUAUAUUUAUCGUGACAUUAUGAUAUGAAUUAUUUGACAUAUUAAUUUAUACACUCUUUUAAACAAUCAAAUACCACUAUGCAAUAUGCAUUCUUCCAUAACCAUAUUUUUUUUUUUCAUAAUAUAUGAUUAAAGAGAUAUAUUUUAAUUGGAUGAUAUAACUUUUCAUUACUUUCGUUUUUUUUUUUCGUUGUGAGUUGUUUGGUAUUCUUUUUUUUUU